AGAAAGACUAGAGGAGAGUAUUUUGAAAUUUCAUAAUGCAGUUCGGGUUUACCCAUUAUGGCUUUGUCCAUUCAAACUCACACCAGAACCAGGAUUGGUAAAUUCGCGAACCUCAAAGGAUGAAAUCAAAGGCAAAUUGUCCUGACUUUAUUAAGACAGUUCAGUGACAGGGAACGAUGUUCCAGUAAGAUGGUCUCCUUGGUAUAUCUUUUUCUUGCAUGCGCGCUAAUCACGACGAACGCAACGGAAUUUAAUGUGACUUCAACAUCCACCGAGUAUUUGGAUAACCGUUUGAAGGAGGUCAAAGUUGAAAUAGCCAAAGCUCACAAUGAAGAAUUUGCACCAGACAGGCCAAGUAUCUACAACGUACAGUGGGAACGAUUAUGGAGCAAAUCAUUAAGCACAAAACACGCAAUGACAGUGAAUAUGUUUGAGAAAACAUUCGUUCUGGAUGGAAAUCGUAUAAUGUCGAUUGCUAUAGAAAUUGAUCCAAAAAACAAGAACUCGACUCUACAGGAAAUUUCUAUAAUUCGUCAGGAACAAACUGUCAAAUUCAUAAGAAGUACUGUGUGGAAGAACAGUCUGUAUUUUCUAGUAUGCCAGGAAUCUGGACCAUGUAGUCUUUAUACUGGGAAAGUGACAAAGACACAAAAUUUAGUAUUAACAUAUCGACAUACUAUUCGCAAUAAAGGUACUUUUGAGGAUGCUGCUUUUUUCACUCAAAAUAAUCAGCUGUAUUUAGUAGUUGCCGAGAAUACAGGUCGAUACACAAUGCCUUCGGUAAUUUAUCGUUGGAUGGGCACUUAUAUGGAUAUCAUUGAAGAAGUAAUGACAACUGGAGCAGUAUCAGUGACAACGUUUAAACAUAAACAUUCAGAGAUAAUUAUUUUUGCACAAAAUGUUAAUGGCAAUCCAAGGAUUGGAUCUGGAGUUUAUCGAUUCAAAAAUGAUGUGUUGGAAAAUAUUCAAUUUUUGGCAACGGAUGCUCCGCACUCUAUACAACAUUAUACUCAUAUGGAUUCUACUUUUGUACUUGUCGUUAAUGAGAAUAAACCAAGUGACGUAUUUUGGUGGGAUGGAAAGGAAUUACUCAAGUGGAUGGAAAUUGUUGAUAUCAAAUCACCGAGCAUUGUUAGAAUUAUUCACACUAUGGAGGAUACAUUGUUUUUUGUAGCUUACAUGAAUACUGUUCAAGUAUAUCGUUUACUUAAUGCAGCAUAUACAAAGUUAGAUCCUUUUGUAUUAGAAGAUCGAAUACGAAUAACUGAUAUGGAUAUUUGGAUGAAUGAUAAAAUCAUUACACUGAUUCUAGUCACGUUGGGACCGAACAAUCUUCAUCACAUAGAACCAUUAGAUUUAGUCAUCAAAAAAAUUACGAACGGAUUAUUGAACCAAAAGAUAGAGUCAGCUUUUAAAUGCUUGCAAAAUUUGGCAGAUCGCUUAAAGGAAAGAAUGCCAAACGUAGAAGAGGCCAAAUCAUUAUGGCCAAGACUUUUGUCUUCUUCAGAAAAUAUCAAUAUUACAGAAUCCAUAAAAUUUACAGAUAUGAUACUCAAAUCCGGAAGUGUAAAAAACACAGACGUGUCGAUCACUGAGGAAAUCAUGAGACCUAGUGAAAUUUCAAAUAAUUUGCAAACUCUUAAAAGCACUGCUGAUAAAAUUCUUUUGGAAUCUCAAAAAACCGUGCAGAAAAACAAACCCAAUCUGUUCACAGGAAAUAUGGUCAUUCGAUCAAAUGCAUCUUUUAACGAGCUGCAUGUAGAUUCAUUGGAAACGAAUUUCUUUAAUAAUGAAAAUAUCGAUUUCAAGCAAAUUAUAUCCCGUAGUAAAAAGCAAGAAUUUUCAGAACCUCUAAAAGGCAAACACGUUAUCAUAAAUACUUUAUUAAUGGAAUCCCAUUGUGGAAUUCCUUUCCAAUAUUGGAGUCAGAAGGACAAACCAUGGCGAAUGUCAUUGAAUAAAAGUGAUAGGAAUAUGGAUUUUAUAAAUAAUACUAUUCUCAUAAAAUCUAAUCUAAACGUCAAUGAACUUAGAGUUCAUAAAUUGAAUAAUGUUCAAUUAGAGGAAUUUUUCGAUGAUCUGUUUAUACCAGGUUACAGACAACACAUAACAGGCAAUAUCAUUUUCAAAAAAGCUCUUAAAGUAGUGAAUCUUACUACGGAAACUUUGAAUGGAAUACCGUCAAAUCAUUUGAUUACAAAAACAACAGAUCAACAACUACAGAAUGUGUACAUAAAGUCACUAGGUGUACAAAAUCUUGUGGCCGACACUAUAAAUGGCGUCCCUGUGUCUCAGGCUGCUAUGACUACAAAGAAAAAUCAUAUAAAAGGCGAAGUGAUAAUGUCAGAUCUCGAAAUUACCGAUGAGCUCAUCUAUGAUAGUAAUGGCAAUUUUUCAGAAAUACGUCCAACAUUCAUUUACGAUGAUGUGACAAUUCUUGGCGAUCUGAUCAUAAAAAAUCUUGAUGUAAAAUCCAAAAAUUCUAUUAUACUUCGCGGAAAGGAGAUCAAUAUCGAAAAACUGUUUAACACUUCAUGGACAAAAUCGAGCAACCAAGUCAUCACUAACAGUAUUACUUUAAAGAAAGGUGUAACGAUUGAUAAUCUUCAAACGAAAUAUCUAAAUGGACUCACUGAGGAUGAUUUUCUUUAUACGACAAUGAAAGAGAUACCUGAAGAUUUUGGAAAACUACAUUUUCAUAGUUUUGAAACUGGCGGAUCAUUAUUUUCUGACAAGUCCAAGCCGAGCUAUUAUUUAUUUGCUGGAGAGUCGUUAAUAGUAAAUGCAAAAUUACACAUAGAAAAUCUGACAGUACGUCAUUUAUAUACAAAGUUUUUCAAUAAAUUUCCUGUUGACAGUUUGGGUAAAAAUAUUGUAACGGAAUUCCCGCAUGACGUGGUUUUCGAAACUGUUCUUGUAAAUGAUUUCGUUAGAGCCGAUCAAAUGUCUAUUUCGUCUCUGAAUGACGUGCACAUGACUGAAUUUUUCAAAAAAGCAAUUUACGUGGAUGGUAACUACAAUAUGGAAACUGUGAACGUCCAACAAUUUAAUGUUUUCAAUUUUAACGUCGAAAAUAUUAAUGGAAAACUGCUGAAUGACAUUUUCGCGAUAUUCACUCAAAGUCAUUUGGCUUUACAAAAUUUGAGUAUCGAUGGCAAUUUGGAAGUAGAGGGAAAUUUGAAAGUUAAUUACAUAAAUGACAAUGAAACUGAAGACUAUUUAAGUAUGAUCGUAUCGACCGAUCAUGUUAUAGCAGAUGGACCAUACAUUAUAGAAAAUCUAACAGUUCACGGUGAUAUGUACAUAAAUUUUCUACAUGGUGAGAAAUUGGAAAAUCUAUUGUUAAACAAAUUUUCGAAAACUCAAGAACAAACGAUACCUGGAUCAUUUUCUUUCUACAAUGUAAAAUCCAAUAAUCUGACUGUAAACUUUAUAAAUGAUUGUGAUAUGUCAAAGUUAUUAUUUAUCGAUCAGCCAUUGAUUUUCAAUAGAAACGUUACAUUCAAUGAUUUAUUUAUUAAACAAGAUGUCUUUACAACGGUACUAAACAACAACAAUAUUACUACGCUAUAUGACAAUUUAUUGUUCGUUCCAUCAACGAAUAUACAUAAUUUAACAAUAAAUGGAAGACUCUCUUGGGAGACGUUGGCGUCAAAUGAGAAUUCUCUUUCUUAUUUGUACGAAAAUGCCGUGACGAGGAAUACAAAUCAAAUUAUUCUACAAGACACAAUAUUCGUGAACAAUGUAUCAGCUGUGGAUGUUCAAUCGGAUGAAAAUCUUGCAAAUUUAAGUAUUGUUGAUAUCGUAUCCGAUUCGGUCCUUUCAAAAGAUAAUACAAGCGUUGAGAUAAGCGGUAGAAAAGUCUUCAAUAACGACUUGUCUAUGGAAAAUUUAAAUGUCAUCAACAAUACAUACGUACUUAGUAUAAAUGGAGCAGAUAUACGCUAUAUAAAUUCCUCUAUUGUUAAGAAAUUCAAUCAAGAAACAAUAACGGGACCUACGAUAUUUAAAGGAGAUGUUACGAUUGGACGUCUUUUUGUAAAAAGUGGUAACGUUCAUGGUAGGCCUAUCAGAGGAUUAGUUCAAAAUACGGAUAUUUUGCCAAACGGGAUAGUUUUUCAAAAUCUCGAGAUAAAGGGUCGUCUAAUAUCAAAAAUGUUAGAUGGCAUAGAUUUUCAAGACUUUAUGGCAAAUCGAGUUUCUCUGAGUGGUGAUCAUCAAGUUUUUGGAAACUUUCAAUUUAACAAACGAAUAGUAGUAACGGAUAAUGCAGUCAUUGACACGAUCAAUAAUAUAACAAUGAGCGACUUGAUUGUCAAUGGAAAGAAGGAAGAACAAAUAAUUUAUGGAUCAAAAUUAUUUUCAAAUAACUUAAUUGUUCAUGGACAUAUGUAUGCUCCAUUAAUUAAUAAUAUGGAUAUUGUGAACGAAUACAGAAAUGGCAUAGUGAAUGAUGACUCUGUUGAUAUUUAUGGUGAUCUCGUUUUUCAAUCAAAUGUUGACAUUCGGCCAGGAACAAAUGUCUCUGGUUAUCUAAACGGAAUGAGUUUGCAUCGCGUUAAUGAUGAAUUUGGCAGCGAAGUCCAAGGAAGUCUUGUAGAAUUGAAACGAAAUGAACAUCUUAUAGAGAACACGAUAACGAAAUUUGUAAACGUUUCUCAGAGUUUGUCAAAUAUCUUCUUUUAUUUAGAAAAUGAAGAAAAAUUAGAAUUGAGAGUGCCAAACGUAGAACGCAUUAUCGUUAAAUAUAUAGAAUCUAUAACAAAAUUGAAUAUGUAUGGAAACGAAUUGGGUAGAUAUUGUGGGCUUCCGGAUUCUUGUCCUUGUCCAACACAAUACUCGGCUGAAAUCUUAGAUAAGGAUUGUAAAAUUUGGAAAAAUAAUGAUUCUGAAAUUCUGUACAAUUUUUAUGAGCCAAAUGGAGCUUUUGGUAUAAACAUUUUCACGAAUUCAAUAUCAAGCAGCCGAGAAUGCACUGGAAAUGAUCCGAAUAAGGAAUUUAUAAAAAUAGCUUGGAUGACACCAAAAGCUGAUUAUAAAGAACAAUUAGGAGAAGGUUUGGGAGUAAAUUUUCAAACAACGCUGCUGCGACAAGGUUUUGUAAAGGAUGUCGAAGUACUAACUUAUAAUGAGAAUAUAUAUAUCAUCUUGGCUAUUUACUACGAUGCCACCCAAUCAUCUCAUCAAUUGGAAUCUCCUAUCUAUAAGCUAGAUUGGACUACGAGGAAGAUAACAUUAGCUCAAAAUAUCAGUACAAAUGGUGCAUGGGCUCUUGAAACUUUUAAAAUUCCUGGGCAGGGCCCCUACCUUCUUGUGGGCUGUUCGCAAUAUCAGGCUGAAUCUCAAUUAUACAGAAUUAAUCCAAUCAGUUCAAAGUUUGAACUUGUGAGAACUUUUGCAAGUGCCAGUCGCCAUGUGAAGAGCUUGGUCCAACAAACAGACUACUUUAUUCUAUUAGACGAUCCUGUCACCAAUUCGGUUCAUAUAUUUCAAUAUAACUUCGUCUUUAAUAAUUUCUACUUUUAUCAAAAUCUUUAUUUUGAUAGUAGAAUCACUUCCAUCGAAGUCUUUUAUGCAGGAGAAUUCAAAUCUAGUGACUCCUACAUCAUUAUAACAACUGAAGAAGGGAAACUUCAUAUUUAUGAAUAUAUGUUUUUCGGGAAAUUUCAACUAAAAACUGUUCACUGGGUCAAUGACAUCCAAACAGCAGUACCCUUCUAUUUCAAAGGACACCGUUAUGUAUUUGUAGGCACCAAACAGUACAGUUCAGUAUUUAAAAUUGUUGGUCAAGGACCUGAUUAAGUAUGCAGGAACUUGUAAUUCUUUGAUGUAUCAGUGAUACAUUUGUUAUUAAUUAUUUAUGUCUAUGUAAAUGUAUAUGGGUUUGUGCCGGAACCAAAUUCAGGAAUGUAUCCUACUACAUACCAUAUUUAUUGAAAAGUAUUUAUAUUAUUUUAUAUAUUGUAGUGAUUCUAUAGAAUCCAUUAUAAUCAGUGUUACGUAAAGAUUAAAUAUAUACAUUGCAGCAUG